AUGGAGUUCUGUUCACAGAAUCUGCGGAAUAUUGUUGAAGUGAAACCACAAGUAUUUGGUCGACAAUCAGGAGAAGCCAUGGAUUGUGUCGAGAACGGUAGGUUUAUUAAGUUAUGUGACUUUGGUUUGGCUGUCGAGCACCAGAGAGUGUCUCAGAGUCACUCCAAACAUAAGGGAACUCCUAAAUAUAUGGCCCCAGAUUUGGAUCAAUCAAACUCAACACAAUUCCGAAGAUUUGGUGCCAACCCUAAGAGGGUGUCGAGUAGUAUAUCACGUAAUACUGAGUCUAAUGUCUCGACCGGAAGUAUACGUAGUAUUCGCGAGAAGUUUGAAAAGUUGUCCCAAAAUAGCAAAACUGAGAAAUAA